AAGCGGCAGUACGCAGGCGCUGGAGCCACCCCACUGAGGGCAGGCGUGUCAGGGUUGCACACAGGUUCUGUUCACGGUCGGAGCCCGAAAGGCAGCCCGUGGGUUUCCGGUUCCGGGAGUAGCCAACGGCUGCGGAGGCCACAACUAGUGCUAAGGAGGAGGCUGCGGUGGAAGAGGAAGGAGGAGAAGAGUGGAGCAGGCGGGACGCGCGGGCGGGAUCCUCCCCAUGGGUCCACGGGCCUAGAGCGCUGGAGGCUGCGUGCCUCGUGUCAAGCUGGCUUCUGUUCUUUUCCUGAAGCAUCUAUGGCUGAGGACUGGCAGGACUGCCCAGCCCUGGGCCCUGGCUGGAAGCGACGUGAGGCCUUUCGAAAGUCAGGGGCUUCUUGUGGACGCUCAGACAUCUAUUAUCAGAGUCCCACAGGAGAGAAGAUUCGAAGCAAAGUUGAGCUGACUCGAUACCUGGGCCCUGCAUGUGAUCUUACCCUUUUCGACUUCAGACAAGGCAUCUUGUGCUAUCCAGUUCCCAAGACCCAUCCCUUGCCUGCCCCCAGCAAGAAGAAAAAGAAGCCUUCUAAACCAGCCAAGGCUAAGAAAUGUCAGGUUGGGCCACAGAAGAGUGAGGUCAGGAAGGAGACUCCACGGAAUGAGCAGAAGGCUGGCGCUCGUGCUGGCGCUGCCUCAGGCACAGCCCCAGGCCCAGCCCCAGCCCCAGCCCCAGCUUCAUUACCUGCACUUGGGUGCUGUGAGAAUUGUGGGAUCCACCUCUCAUGGGAUGGUAUCAAAAGGCAGAGGCUGAAAGCGUUGUGCAAAGACUGCCGAGCACAGAGAAUUGCCUUCAACCGAGAACAGAGAAUGUUUAGGAGAGUUGGCUGUGGAGAGUGUGCGGCUUGCCUGAUAAAAGAAGACUGUGGGGCCUGCUCCAUCUGCCGCCUGCGGCUGCCCCAUGACGUGGCCUCAGAGCUCUUCUGCAAGUGUGAGCGAAGACGCUGCCUCCGGAUCGUGGAGAAGAGCCGAGGGUGUGGAGUGUGCCGGGGUUGUCAGACCCAAGAGGACUGUGGCCGGUGCCGAGUCUGCCUUCGCCCAGCCCGCCCUGGUCUCAAGCGCCAGUGGAGGUGUUUGCAGCGGCGCUGCUUCUGGCACUUUGCUCACCGCUUCCGUGGUCACCCUCAAGGAUGUCACCAGUGCCCUCCUCAGGUUGUGGUUUCCCCUACUGGUAAGCGUGACCGUCGUAAGAGCAGCUCGAAGGCGGCUGCCCGGCAUCACUCCCGAGCUCAGCCACUGCCUCCACUUCCUGCAUCCCAGCACCCAGAACCCACGGAGCUGCGCAUCAGCGACCUAGCGCCCACAUCACCUGCUGAGCUCAUCUAUUACUGUGUAGACGAGGACGAGCUACAGCCCUACACGAACCACCGGCAGAACCGCAAGUGCGGGGCCUGUGCAGCCUGCCUACGGCGGAUGGACUGUGGCCACUGUGACUUCUGCUGCGACAAGCCCAAAUUCGGGGGCAGCAACCAGAAGCGCCAGAAGUGUCGUUGGCGCCAGUGCCUGCAAUUUGCCAUGAAGCGGCUGCUGCCCAGUACUGGGUCAGGGUCUGAGGAGAGAGCAAGAUUGCCUCCAUGUCACCCUUGUCGAAAGAGGCCUGGUUCUCCUCGACGACCCCAUCUGAGCUCUCCCUCAAAGGCCCCUUUGGCUGUGCUCACAACCCCAGCAGGUCCUGCCCAGGCUUCAGCAAAGCAGCAAGCAGGUAGAGGCUUUGUGCUGUCUCCACCUGACACAGACUUUGUGUUUUUACAAGAGGGUGCCAGCAGUCCUGUGCAGGUGCCUGGCCCUGCUGCAGCUUCUUCAGAAGCCCCAUUACAGGAGGACCAGUGCUGUGCCCAGAGUUGGGGUGUAGCCAUGCCCCAGGUGAAGCAAGAGAAGACGGAUGCCCCAGAGGAGUGGACAGCAGGCACAGCCUUCCUGACCUCUUCAACACUGCAGCCUGGCUACCCUAGCAAGGCAGUAGACUCAGACCUUCCACCCGUGAAACAAGAGCCCCCUGGCCCUGAGGAGGGUAUAGAAGGAAACAGAGAAGAUUAUGUCUCUGAAUCAGCCCCAGAGGAGGAGGCAGGAGGGGUUGGCACACCAGUGAUCACGGAGAUUUUCAGCCUGGGUGGAACCCGUCUCCGGGAUGCAGCAGCCUGGUUGCCAAGGGCUCUCUUCUUGGGGAAGGAACACAAGGACUGAUGCUCCAUGAUGAGAGUUGAAAGAAAAAAGACAAAGUGAGGCUGGUCCUCAACUCCCUAAGAAAAUCCUUUUAAGAAUCAGACUUGAUGUAAUACAUUCUUACUCAGAAGAUCACCAUUUGUGGUCUUGAAGGCCUUUGAAGUCUCCACGAGCCCAUUAUUGGGCGAGCUGUCCCUGAUGAUGGGAAGAAUGUGUAUCACACAGAUGACAUUGGACUUGCCCAAGCAAUAGAGUUGGUUAAGAGAUUGGGCUUUAAGUGACUCUGUGAGCUGAGUCUGUGUGUAGCUGUGUGAUUUCAAGGGUAUCCCCCACUUCCUAGAAUAGCCUCUGUGGGUAGAUUUGGGCUCUGCAUCCAAACCUUUCCUGUUGAGUUGACUGUUUGAGAUGCUGUGUAGAACUGUCCCCAUAUGUCUAGUGACAGAAGUGAGGAGGGGACCAUUGUAGUGGGAGGACCACCCCCAUGGUUAAAAAUCUCUUUGCCCAAGCACCUAGAUUCCUUGGUUCCCACACACCAGUUUUAACUGCUAGAAACUUGCCAGUGUACCUUGUAGAUAGCGGGUGGAGAUGACUGAGACUCUGCCUGGUGUACAGCAGUUGGGGACCUCCACCGGUGAUGAUACUGCAGGCUGUGAGGCUUAUCUCCAAGGAGAUGCAGGAGCUUAUGAUUUUCUGGAAGAUGAAAUUGUUUCCUCUUAACAAAGAAGUGCUGUACUGUUUGCUUGCUAGUCUUUAGAAGAAAGAAAAGUGAGUAUAGGUGAAAAAGGAGAAAUUGAUGCAGGUGCAGUAUAGUAGGAAAUGGUUUUGUGAUGCUAUUUUAUACGUGGCAAACCUCAUUCAACAGACAGACCUGCUCCCUCUUCUCUAGGUCCAAGGACCUUAAAAAUCCUGAAGCUAAAAUGCAGUAGACUGGAGGCCUCUGCUGACUGUAGGCCUGAAGGUGAUAUUUGCAGAUCGGCUUUAUGAGAAUCAACCCUGGGAGUUGGGCUAGGCCGUGGUUUGGUUGCAGAGCUUGUUUAUGAAUCAACCCUAGGAGAAAAUCCUGCAAGCACAAUCGAGGAACAGGCCUGCCCAGUCCUGGAAGCUUAGCAGCAGCAGCUGGAGAGGAAGAGACAGAGUACAAGGCUGGGAGAACGUCUGCUCCUCCAAGGGUCUCAAGGCGAUGAGAAGUUGGAUGUAGGCAGGGAGGGAUAUACCUGAAGCUGACAGACAGCUCAGACAAGCCGUCUUCAUAACUGUUGGUUGGUGGCUUCUGCAUGAGACCUGGCAGUGCGUCUGAACACUUUCUCAGGGAAACAGCAGUUGAAAUGCUAUGGAAUAAAGGAGGAAAAGGCAUUGCUUGGUGAGCUCCUCCUGUGGAGCCACUUCCUAAACCCUUGCAGUAGUCCUUAGGAAGACAGUGAGUGACAGUGUGCACUUUUGCAGGUGGGUAAACAGACUCAGAGAGAUGAAUAUUCCCAGUGUCCAACAGCUAGUGUUGGUAGAGUCUAGAAACACAUCAGGCUAUAACAGCUCUAUUCAUUAAUCCACUAAACUGUCAAUUACAAUCUUUUGUGCAAUAAUGUAUAUUACAGUAACAGUUUUAGUAACUCUGAAAAUAGCAGUGGAUCACUAUGAAUAUGCUAAGAUAUCCUUUACACUUUUGCCUCCAUUGUGGUUUAGGGAUUCCAAGACUGUGGGUGGAUAGGGUCACCUGGUCAGAGCAUUGGUUCAUUUAGAAUCUAGAUUCCCUGCAGGCCCUGGAUGCUGCAUAGGAUCCCUGAAUCCCCAAAGUGUGUUCUUCCCCACUGCUGGCUGACAGUUUACUUGAGCCCAGAUGGUCUCACUUUGGCCGGGGCAGUGCUGGAACUAAAGCUGUCAGCCUGGCCCGUCUUUUUCUGGUAGAACUAAAGCUGUCAGCCUGGCCCAUCUUUUUCUGGUAGUGUCUUUUCUCUGAUAACUUUUGUACUUGUUUCCUGCCCUUAGCCCACAUGUCUGUUAGGAGGCUGAAUGAAUUUAUGCACUGAGUCCUGCCCUAGGGCCGGACUUGGCUCAGCCUUACCUCACUUUCUAUCCUUAAAAUGCCAAAAAGAUAUAUAAUUGGUUGCUUAGCCAGCUUUAAGGGGCUAGGACUGAGUGCCUCGUCAUACUUUGGGUCCUGUGUGCCCCUUUGCUUUAGCCUAGCCCCAGCCCUGCUGCUCUGGGUAAUUCAGAUGGGGAUUACUCAUCUCUUAUUUCCACCUCACAAGGCACAGUUCUCUCCCACCCUCUACUCUUCCUUUGCCCUGCUUUGUCUACUUCUGUCCUGGAAUCAUACUGCUUUUUAACCCCCAGAGCACAUCACUUGUCCCUAGUAUUCUGGUAAUUCUGACAGUGAUGUUCUAAGAGUAAUGUCUUUGGCUGGCAUUUGACUUGUGAAUGAAGAUUCUGAUUACUUUGUUUUAACUAGGGUACAGUCAAAAGCUCAGAACCACUACAAAGAAGAGUGUAUGUGUUUUAAGGGAAAUUUGGGAGACAUUUACAUUAUAUAAUUUUGGGAGAUAGUUUAAUAGCCUCUAAGGCUGUCAUUUGUGUAUAAUGCUGGAACUUAAAAGUAUUCAGGACAGGCAGUCAGAAAGGGAAGGUGGAUGGACACAAGGGAGCCCAUGAACAAGAGUUGGAAUUCAAGAAGAUGGCCUGGAACCCAUGUCAGUGUUUCGUCGUCUCCAGCUUCACUGAUGUCUGUGUCCUGCAGAAGCUAGUGUCCUUCCUCAGAGGGAAGGAGCAUCUGACCUAGGACUAGAGAAGCUGAAGGAAGACCCCAGGGAAGCUGCAGCAGCUGAAAGUCUGCCUGUAGGACUUGCUGUUCCCCACCAAGGUGAGACAGCAGAUUAGUGACCACUUGUAUGAACUGCAGCAUGCCUGUUUGCCUGCACCAACUCCAACAGCCCGCCGCUGCUUCACUUCUGCUAACCACAAUGUUUCUGGAUUUUCUUAACUAGAAGUCUGUGGGGAUGGAUUCUGGGAAACAUAGUCUAGUCAAGGUGACAUGUUAGAAAGCCACCCUGCCAUGAUUCAGCUCCCAAAGGUCUCAGCAAUCACCUGAGGAUAACUGACAGAACUACAUUGGGGAAAUCGUAAAGACCAUGGAUUUCAUGAUGGUCCCAGCAAGCAGAGAAAUCCUGUCAAGCUCAUCCAUAACAGUCUUGCUGGUCUCAGCUGUAUUUGUGUUAUUCAUCCAAGUAUUGAAAACUUGGCCCAUAGUUAUCACUGUACAUGAUACUGAGGUCUAGAAAUGCAAUUUUAUAAAAUGCAUCAGCAUAUAUUACAAGUGAUACAAAGAUCUCCAGUUUAUUAUGGAUGUUGAUGCUCAAAAUAUAGAAUCUAGUAUACUGUGGAGAAGCCAGUCCUUGUUUGAGUUUUUUUGAGAUGCUCUAGAAGUUGGAAACAAGUUAAUUGCUUCUAUUUCUAAGCUGUUCUAUUUUAAAGUUAUUUUAAAAUAAUUUUCUUGUUCUACUUAUUGGUUUCUAUGUUAGUUUUUUCUUUGAGGAAUGUUUGGUGGUGGUAACAGUGUUGACUGCUGUGGAAAACUUGGGAUAGUGGGUGGCAAGAUGAAGGUCAGUUCUGACAUUUCCCUAGGCUUCAGCUUGCCGUAGCUGCAGGCUGAGGCACUGUGUUUGCUAUUCAUUCACCUUGCAGUCUAAAAGUCUCCUCCAGGCCUGGACUGGUUGAGAAGACCAUUGGGGUAGAUUCUAAAGCUGGUGCCG